AUGUCGCUGAAAAAGGAAACACCCCGCAUCCGAGCAUGUCUCUUUGACAUGGACGGUCUCUUGAUCGACUCCGAGGACCGGUACACUCAGAUCACCAACGAAGUGCUACAGAUGUAUGGCAAGCCCAAUCUACCCUGGUCAGUCAAGGCCCAGCUACAGGGUCGACCCCAACCCGAGGCUAGCAAGAUCUUCCAUGACUGGGCCCAACUCCCCAUCACACCAGAGGAGACCUUCGCCAAGCAGGCGGGCUUGCAAGCCAAGUACUUCCCCCAAUGCCAGCCACUGCCAGGAGUUCCCGCUCUCCUGUCCAACCUGGUAUCCACCCAAUCCACCGACGAGCCGGUGUACAUCGCCCUAGCCAGCUCGUCCAACAGCCGAAACUUCAAGCUCAAGACCGACCACUUGUCCGACUUGUUCUCUGCUUUCCCGCAAGUGCACCGUGUCCUCGGAGAUGACCCUCGUAUCGGCAAGGGACGCGGCAAGCCAUUGCCUGACAUCUAUCUCCUCGCUAUGGAGACUAUCAACGCCGAGCUACGCAGCAAGGGCGAGACCGAAAUCACGCCCGCAGAGUGUCUCGUCUUUGAGGACGCCGUUCCCGGUGUCGAGUCUGGACGUCGUGCGGGUAUGCAGGUGAUUUGGUGCCCGCACCCCGGUCUUUUGGAGGCCUACGAGGGCCGCGAAGAAGAGGUGCUCGCUGGCCGAACUGGGCAGCACAAGGAAGAGGAGAAGACCGAGGCUGAGAAGGAGGCUGAGGAGUUGCAGGCUUGGCGGAUUCAGGGUGCGGGUGAGCCUGGUGAGAUUGGUGAUGGGUGGGGUCAGCUUGUCAACACCUUGGAAGAUUUCCCUUACGAGCGGUUUGGAAUUCGGAUUCCCUAA